UGAUGCCGGGGGAGAAUCUUUCCAAAAUCGCUUCAGGAGCAACUACUGGACCCUGUCAAAACUGCACUGUGCUUCACCAGAACCUAAAGGAAUAUGUGGCAGCUCUCCUGGUUUUGAAACAGAAAACGAUGGACUCCGAGGAGACCAGUAAGCAGCGUAUACAACUGGAUGAUCUGCAGUUGAAAGUAGCUUCUCUGGUAAAGCAACGUGCAGAGUACGAAGCCAUGCGGGCAGAGCUGGAGGCUAAGCAGAGCGCUGAGAAGUUGUCCCAGCACCUUUUGGAGGAAGUGGAGAGGCUGAAGGAGGAAGUGGAGAGGCUGAAGGAGCAGAACAACAACACAGAGACUCUAAAGAAGAGACUUGAGGACCAGCUGAAGAUGGUAGCAGAGACAACGGAGAAGCAGUGUGUGGAUAAUGUCCAGCUGAGACAGGAGAAGACGGCGCUGCAGAAAGACCUGCUGAAAACACAGGUGUCGUUGAAGACGUGUCAGAAGGUAGCAGAGGAAGUGCAGCGGUUGGAGGAGGACAACGCCAGGACAUCCGUUCUAAAAUACGACCUGGAAAAACAACUUGUACUGUUUCAAGAUUCUCAACUCAAGCAAGAGCGUGACAUUACCAGGCUGAAAACAGAGAAGAUUGUACUGGAGAACGAGCUUCUACAUCUUCAGGUUUGCGUGUGUUCUCCCUACUUCCACUCACGCUACAACCAGCACUGCAGCUGCGAGUUUAACAAAGUGUUCCGUUGUUUUUAUUAG